UAUUAAGGUAUAUCGUCAAAAAACAAAACAAAACGCUCUGCGGCGACUGCGAUGACGAUUUACUAGGGUAUCAUGGGUCAGCGACGGUGGAAUCCCGGAAUCCGGGAAAAUCUGCUCAAGACGGUAUUCGAUUGGAUGAGGUAUGAGGGGAAGAGUGGGAUCUGUAGACGAGAUUGGGGAGGACAAUCUCGAUCGGAUCAAGGGUUGGUGGGCGAAUCAUCACGAUAUGGAAAAAGGAUCGGGCUCUCAGAUUUUUUAAAACCAAAAUCUUUUCUUAUCGAAGAGUCAACUUAUUGGAGGAUCUGGUGAGAUGAAAAACGAUGAUGGUGCUCGUAAGAGGCUGAAGAUUUCGGUCCCUCACUUCAACAAUUCAGAUCUUAUCAAGGGCUAUUCCAAAACUUUAAUUGGAAGAUGCAUGAAUCCAGAGGAGCAGAACGUCAAGUUCUUGGUGGUGACGCUUCCUAAGAUUUGGAACCUGGAAGACAAGGUGGUAGGCACGGACUUGGGGCUAGGGAGGUUCCAGUUCGACUUUGACGCAGAGGAAGAUAUCGAAACGGUGCUGAAGAUGCAACCAUUUCACUUUGACUACUGGAUGAUCUCGUUAGUACGGUGGCAACCAAGGAAGACAAAGAAUUAUCCGUCGGAAAUCACCUUUUGGAUUAAGGUUUUGGGAGUGCCAUUGGAGUUUUGGGAAGCACCAACCUUCCGGAGCAUUGGUGAUGCGCAUGGUGUGACAAAAGAUGUGGAUCUGGACUAUGGUAGAGUGCAAGUCACGGUUGAUGGGUACAAGGAGUUAAUAUUCGAGACGACUGUGGAUUUUAAGGGAGGCGAGUAUUAUGAAGAAGAAGAGGCUCCGGUAACAUUGCGGUAUGAAAAGCUGUUUGGUUACUGUAAAACUUGUUUCAGUCUUUGCCACAAGAUGGAGAAGUGCCCGCAGACUAUACAGAGCACGGAUAAGCCGAAGGAGAUAAGAGAUGAAGACGAAAGCCAUUACGAUGAUAAAGCUCGAAGCUACAAGGGGGUGGUUAUCAACGGGAAUGGAGGGCAACAAGAUAGGGUAAGAGAGAAACGUGAGUACCAAGGAAAAGGAAAAGGGAAAAUGUUUGAGGAAGGAGACACAAAGUGGGUCAAGGCUUCGGACAGGGAGCGUAAAACUCACAACAACAAUCACCGUAGUGGCCAUCGUGGUGGUGAUGAAAACUCCCGUCACAGGAGCUAUAGAAGGGACCAAUCACGGACACAUCAAGAUGACCGUGUACGAGCUCCUGCAGGCUUGCGUGGUGCAACAAGUGCAGGUAGCGAGGCUCGAACGGACGGUUGCGAAGAAGGUGAGAUUGUUGGGAUGGAGCAGUCACGUCAAAAGGAGGAGAAGAUACAGGUGCCGGCUAAGCCUUCCCAAGCCUUUCUCGCUGAGCUACUGGAGACUCAAGAAGGUCACUCUAAGGUAACCUUGGAACGUAAGGAUGGAGAUCAGGGAUUAGUCUUGGAACAAAUGGGUUUGGAUUUAAUGGAAGUUAAUAGUCUAGCUUCUGAUGUGGGUUUGGGGUUAGAAGAGCAGCAUAGUGGUCAUAUUGGUAACGGGACUGGGGAGACUCUGGCGAAUGUUUUUUCUGCGCUAAAUGAGGAGGAGUUUGAGGACGAUGAUCCAAUGCAGGAGGUAGUAGCAGAUGAUCCUGAAGAGAAGAAAAAGAUUGACAAUUCAGAAGUGAAUGAUCGGGUCAAUGGUGAGGUGGAGAAGAGGCAAGGCGCCCGUAGAAAGGCGCUCAAGCCGUCGUUAGCUGCAGUAGCCUCCAACAAAAUGAAGCUGGCUCAGUUGGUGGCUGCGAAACGAACGGUAGUCAAAGCAGGUAUGCGGCAUGGAGAUUCCUCCAAGCAGGGAGAGGAGAAGGGACCUUUAGCCCCUAAGCAUGAUCCUGCCAAGUACCUGAAAGAUCCAUGAAUCAAGAAACCGCAAGUUAUAUGUGGCAUGGGCAUCGUAUGGGUUAUGGUUUUUUUAUUGCUUCAAUAAGAUAUUUGAGCUUUUUUAUUUAUUUUUUGCUUGAUUUGGUAUUGUUUUCCGUUUGGUUCUUGUUAUUGUGGGCUAUGUGUUGGUCGUUCUUUAUGGUUUUAUUAUGGAAUAAUAGGGUUUCUUUCGCUUGGUCUUGUUGGCAUCA